UAUAACUCCAGUAUUGUACAGUAAUCCUGCAUGUUGCUGGCUGCUAGCAGGGACGUAAGUCAAUCGCUCCGUUUGCAAACUUCUUGUGCGCUGUCCAGGGAAGAGCCAUGGUUCUCUAUCACAAGGAGUUUGAGAACGCCGGCGCAAAAUCCGGUCUGCAGAUAUGGAGGAUAGAAAAAAUGGACCUGGCUCCGGUACCGGAGAAUCUGAACGGCAAUUUCUUUGUGGGAGAUGCUUAUAUCAUUCUGCAUACUAUCACGAAGAACAACAGCAAAUUCUACAACCUGCACUACUGGCUCGGAAAGGAAUGCAGCCAGGAUGAGAGCACCGCGGCCGCCAUCUUUUCCGUGCAGAUGGACGAUUAUCUCGGAGGAAAGCCUAUACAGUACAGAGAGCUUCAGGGCUAUGAAUCCAGUGCGUUUGUCGGCUAUUUCAAGGGUGGAAUCAAAUACCAGGCUGGUGGUGUGGCCUCUGGUUUCACCCAUGUGGUCACAAACGAUCUCACCGCAAGAAGACUUCUACACAUCAAAGGUCGGAGAGUGGUCCGGGCAACAGAGGUUCCUCUUGACUGGUCCAAUUUCAACAGCGGCGACUGUUUCAUCAUCGAUCUUGGAUCUGAGAUUUACCAGUGGUGCGGAUCGACAUGCAACAAAUAUGAACGUUUUAAGGCCGCGCAGGUCGCCAACGGCAUCCGCGACAAUGAGAGAAAAGGGCGAGCCCAGCUCAUCGUUGUGGAAGAAGAUGAGGAACCGAGCGAACUCACAAAGGUGUUGGGGAAGAAACCAAAACUUCCUGCGGGAGACGAUAACGAUGAUGUUGCAGAUGUCUCAAACAGGAAGAUGGCAAAACUCUAUAUGGUGUCAGACGCCAGUGGCUCCAUGAAAGUGUCUGUGGUUGCGGAGGAAAACCCAUUCUCCAUGGGCAUGCUGCUUUCUGAAGAAUGCUUCAUCUUGGACCAUUCCUCCGACAAAAAGAUCUUUGUAUGGAAAGGUAAAAAUGCAAAUUCUGGUGAGAGGAAAGCAGCAAUGAAGACAGCAGAAGAGUUUAUACAGCAAAUGAAUUACCCUAAAAACACACAGAUUCAAGUGAUUCCAGAGGGAGGGGAAAUGCCGAUCUUCAAGCAGUUCUUCAAAGACUGGAGAGACAAGGACGAAAGCGACGGCUUCGGAAAGGUUUACGUCACUGAGCGAAUUGCUCAAAUUCAGCAAGUGGAUUUUGAUGCCACUAAGCUGCAUGAAUCUCCUGAAAUGGCGGCUCAGCACAACAUGGUGGAUGAUGGAUCAGGGAAGGUCGAGAUUUGGCGUGUGGAGAGCAAUGGACGAAUCCCAGUUGACCCGAGCACAUACGGACAAUUCUAUGGAGGAGAUUGUUACAUAAUUCUCUACACUUAUCCAAAGGGACAGAUUAUCUACACUUGGCAAGGAGCUCAGGCCACUCGUGAUGAACUAACCACAUCGGCUUUUCUAACCGUGCAGCUGGAUCGCUCUCUGGGGGGACAAGCUGUCCAGGUCAGAGUGACUCAGGGGAAGGAGCCGACACAUUUACUCUGCUUGUUCAAAGACAAACCGCUAAUUAUAUACAAAGAAGGCACCUCGCGUAAGGGCGGACAGGCACCUCCGAGCGCCGUGCGACUAUUCCAGAUCCGCAGGAAUUUUUCCUUCAUCACUCGGAUUGUGGAGGUGGAAGCAGAUGCAUCUUUGCUGAAUUCCAAUGAUGUGUUUGUCUUGAAACUGAAGAACAAUUCCGGCUAUCAGUGGGUGGGAAAGGGAGCGUGCGGAGAAGAGGAGAAAGCAGCAGGCUAUAUAUCUGGGGUCCUGAAAUGCAAAACUACGAGGAUUGCAGAGGGACAGGAACCAGACGAGUUCAUGAGUGCCUUGGGUGGUAAAAAGGCAUAUCAGACCUCACCUCUGUUGGUCUCCCAGCUGGAUGAUCACCCACCUCGGCUAUUUGGCUGCUCCAAUAAGAGUGGGAGAUUUGUGAUCGAGGAAGUACCUGGAGAAUUCACACAGGAUGAUUUAGCAGAAGAUGAUGUUAUGCUGCUGGACUCCUGGGAACAGGUAGAAGAACAAAGUGUAUUUAUGUAGAAAACAGAU